GCAGAGUUGAUGUACCCAUUCGUAUAUCUUUUUUUUUCUUUUUGCGGACUGUGAUGUAAUGUGAGGCAGACGCGAUGUGUAAUAUUGUGAGAUUCUUUAUGUGCUGAUUUUAAAUGUAAACAUUUUUCAGAUUCAUAGUUAGAUAUCUUGCGUAUAACUGCUGGGAAGUAGACUUUCGUAAUGGCAGAAGAUACGCGAGAAUCAAGUCACGUAGAGGAACAUCCCGCUGCAUCAAUUCCUUCGGAGCACACUUCAGAAAUAGAUUCAGAUGUUGCAGAGAAAUCAGAAACUUCUCGAAACGAAUUAAAAAAAGUCAGUGCUGAUUUAUCAGACAAGUUUGAUGAAAUUGACACCUCUAAUCUCCAUUAUGAGGGAAGCGUUUGUGUUUACACAGACCCAGUAACGAAGCACCAGUAUAUUUGGGACUCAAAUAAGAACGAGUGGGUGUUACGAAAACCAUUGGAAGAAGAUAGUGUAGAAAAUUCCGCGGAAAGUAUGUUGAAGUCUGAAAGUGGAGUACAAAGUGACACAACUGGAGACAGCAGACUUCACCGUAAACCAAAUGGAGAUCAGACGUCUAGAAAUGAUUAUGAAUUUGAUGGGGAAUCUUACUGUUAUAAAGAUGUCAAAACAGGCGUUACUUACAAAUUUGACAAUAGUAAACACUCAUGGGUUAUUAAACAUAAAGAUUGUGGAGCAAACAAAGAAGAGUCUGAGGAGAGCGACAGCGAAAACAAAGAUGACAGCGUAGUGAAGCAGGAUAUGAGUUCUGGUACGUAUGGGUAUGAGGGAGACACCCAUACGUAUACUGAUGCCACAGAUGGAACUGUGUAUAUCUGGGACAGAGAGAAGAAUGCCUGGUUUCCUAAGGUGGAUGAAGAUUUUUUGGCACAUUACCAAAUGAACUACGGAUUUACAGACACCAGCUCUGCUGUUUCAGCAGAGAAAAAGAUAGAAACCGGAGAUAAAAUAGAAAACAGUGAAGAUCAGCCAGGCAUGAAACGAAAGGCAGGACCUCAGGAACCCAGCUGGUUUGAUAUGGACGAUCAAUUUAAUACAAAGGUGUAUGUGAGCAACUUGCCCCUCGACAUCACAGAACAAGAAUUUGUGGACGUGAUGCAGAAGUGUGGUCUUGUAAUGAAGGAUGCAGAGACAGGCAAAAUGAAGAUUAAGCUGUACACAGAUCCGGGCACCAGUCAGCCCAAAGGGGAUGGCUUAUGCUCAUACAUCAAGAUAGAAUCUGUGGAACUGGCCUUGAAAUUUCUGGAUGGGUAUGAUCUUCGUGGCCAUAAGCUGCAUGUUGAAAGGGCAAAGUUCCAGAUGAAGGGAAAUUAUGAUCCCAGUCUGAAACCUAAGAAACGAAAGAAGAAGGAAAAGGAGAAAUUAAAGAAAAUUCAAGAAAAAUUAUUUGACUGGCGUCCGGAUAAGCUGCGUGGUGAAAGAUCAAAACACGAAAAAGUUGUCAUUGUAAAGAAUUUAUUUGAUCCAGCAGUCUUUGAUAAAGAAGUGUCCUUGUUAUUAGAAUACCAGCAAGAUUUACGUGAAGAAUGUUCAAAAUGUGGUGAUGUAAGGCGAGUGGUUAUUUACGAUAGGCAUCCUGAGGGUGUUGCACAGAUAACGUUCAGGGAACCUGAAGAAGCAGAUGCCUGUGUCUCUCUGUUGAAUGGACGUUGGUUUGGACAGAGGAAGAUAACGGCAGAAACAUGGGAUGGUAAAACUAAAUAUAAGGUUGCUGAAACAGAUGCUGAAGUCCAGCAACGCUUGCAGAAGUGGAAUAAAUUCUUGGAAUUGGGAGGCAUUGCAGCUGGACAUACAUCAGAAGAGAAUAAAGGGAAAACAGAUGUUACAGAACAAAAUGUAACUAGUGCAAAGGGCAGAGAAUAGGAGGAUAUUAUUAAGAAUACAUAUACAGAUUCUGAGGUGUCUGAAGAGACAGAUGAUGGCGUGUGCGCACACACGUGAAGGUAGAGGAUGCAUCUAAAAUACAAAAGUCUGAAGAGGGUGUUGGGGGUAGUAUUGGUAUUGUAUUUCAAGAAGGUGGUAGAUGUGAUGCAGAAAGCACUGAUGACACAGAAGGUCAUAGGAAUGAAGAUGAUGAGAUUGAUGAAGGUAGGAGAAUAGUGGAAACUACAGCAUACAUUUAUGACACAAUUUAGUUAAUGACUUCAUCUUAUACCGUUCUCUGGUGAAUGUAAGGAUUUCUAUUCAUAGUGUAGAAAUUCCUUAAAUCUCCAUGCUUUAAAGAAAAUUACCAGAUAUAUUGAUACAAAAGCUUUGUAUGUACUUCACAGUCUUGUCUCACAAAUAGUAUUGGAUGAGAAGAUGCCAUGAACAGUAAAACUAUUAAUCUUCCUCAGGUAGAAAUGUUUUAAUUAAUUUAUUCCAGGAAAGAAAAGUUAUAUAAGGACAUCACUGCUUGUUUGCCAGAAACCAAUAUUUUAUUAAAGUGAAUUGACCUUAAGUGUGAAUGCAGUAUUUUUAGCCAAAGAAGUGAUGGAUCACUAGUAUCUGUUGGCAUUGUGGUGGUUGUGUGUUUUGGUUUGUAAAAUCAAAUGACACAUAUUUUGACCACUGUUCACAGUAGGCUAAAAUGAUUCCUAAAGAAGUUGCUGAUUUAAUUUUCAAGUGCAAGAAAAGAGCCUAUGAAUCUUUUUUGUGUUCAAAAGAUAACAUGAUUUUACAAUGUAUGUACCAGGGUUGGAACUUUAAUAGUGGCAACACUGCUGUAGAGAUGCCAUGCAACGGAACCAAAUAAUGUCGCUUGUACCACACAUUUGUUACAUACCUACCUUACCUCAGGGCAAAUGAACUCUCCCUUCCCACAUCGCGCGCGUGUGCAGUGACUAGAAGAACAGAGCCUCAUGUUAUCUGGCGGUCUAAUGUAGUGUUGUCACGAUGUUUUCGAAACAGGAAAAACAGAG